CGCGCCUUCCGCUGGAACAAGGGCCAGUGCACGACUCGCGCCCACCGAUAGCGAAUGAGGAGCUUUGGAUUUGCUUCAAGCUGAUCUUUAAUUGGCCAGUUGAGCCUUAUGUAAUGCGGUCAACCAAUAAAGCUCCCCGCGCGAACACCGGCAUUGGGCAGGAGAUACGUACAGGGCUACAUGGCGAGCUGGACCCACCCCGAGUUCCUGCUGAGGGAUGCUGUUGGGCCACCGACGGUCCGCGCAAGAAUUACCAAAAUGAUGAGAGAUUCUAUUCUGUAGUAUCAUUGCGAAGAAUUGCAUGACCACCCCAGAAACGAAAAAUCACUUGCGAAUUACAGGGAUCACUCCGACUACCGGCCGGUGUCCGUAUGUUUCUCACUUCUCCCAAUGAUAAUAGGCCCUGAAGGUUCAUGAGCUUACUUUACGAUUUCAUCAUUCAUAUCUGAGGCGGAGGCAGUUGGUAAUCCUAUCGGCUAUGUUCACGAUCUCACGAUGUCUGAGGUCAUGGAUCGGAAAGAAAAGAGUUGUCAGAAAGCACAGACAUUAACCAUCCAUAUCGGAAGAUACCCUCUCGCUGCCUCCGUAGGCGGGAGUGUCCGAGCACGGAGGCUAGCUAGGUAUUUUAUACUGAGGCUUACUGAUUGAUUAACUGCUCAAAUGUCAUUGGCCGGUUUCGCCAUCAAUCAUAUCAAGAUGAAAGUAAACAGUCAUGACAAUACCAGUUUGUGAGAGGGCAGAUCUUAGCAUUCAAUUUCAUUGUCUAACCAAAAGGUGUAUUAGGUGCUAAGCUGCGUAGCACGUAUUAUCAUUAUCCAAUAUUUUGUACUCGAUGCACCCAAUUCAUAACCCAGAACAACUCUAGUAUACAAGAGACGAACCUUGCCCUCAUCGAUCCAUGACAGCCCAGUAUGCAAUGACGAGAUGAUAUCAUGUGCCUCUCAGGUCUCCCAGCAUUGUACUGGGAUUGUCCUAUCACGCAAUCCGCUUUCAACAUCUCAUGUCGGCUCAUCCGCCCUGACAACCCGCAACGGCCGUUCAAUCAAUCCACAACAUGCCGCGAUUUCGCCGCAUAUGCCGCAGUUCCUCCGUGCCGGCCGAGUCACCGGCAUACUUUCCGUGUUAGACUGGAUUUGACUUAUGCUUGUUUCCCCUUGGAUCUUCAAGAUGCCACAUUCAUACUAAACAAACUCCGUCUAUCGUGUUUGUCCAUUGACCACGAACAAGCGAAUGGCUGAACCCGAAACACCGGCCCUAUAUUGCAUCACGAAAUGCAAAAAAGAGAGCAUGCUCUCCCUCACGGCCUGUCCGCUUAUUAUUCAUCUGACUUCUAGCCCUGAGAAUGAUUCAUCAGGGUCGCCCAGUGAUGCGCGGUAGAUUCCGCAUGAAACGGUUUAAACCUCGCCAGAGAGCGUGCCCGCUGAGACGGGCUUGUUGGGUCCUCCCAGAUUGGGAGCCCAUUCAUCAGACUCCCGGGUGUCAAGCCAGUAAGCUCUGCCACAUGAUACCAUCAAACGGCCAAGGCGGCCCCGGCGGCCCUCACCGUCAGGAAGAUCCUCAGCGAAAGGACCUUCUUGGUCAUCAACGCCAGGGCCUUCCAGAAUCAUCAGUUGCAUGUACUUUUGCAACACCUGCUUUGCAUACGCCAUGACGAUGAAACUGAAAUACACACGGAUCAACGUCGCGCCAACAAUCAGCAACAUGCUGGCAGCCGUUUCCUGAGGAACGACUUUUCCAUGCAUGGCAGCCUCCUUACGCAGACCUUGCAUACCCUCAGCCACAAAGUUAGGGAGAUCCGUCUUCUUGGAUUCGGUUGUCUCGCUCAGUUGAGUAGAGAAAUACCAGUCCAGGCCGAAGGCUGCGGUGUAUGCUGCAUUGAUAACGGUGUCGAUAAUGUAAAGCCAUGCGAGCGCCAAACAUUCAAAGGGGCUCUGUCGCCGAAUGUGAGGAAUAAGAAUUGCUAGCCCUAUGAGAACAGCAAUAGAGUAGACGUAUGUCGAGAGCUGGAGGAGAGAUAGCUGAUAUCCAGUAAGAAUGGCCAGGAGUCCGUAAACGCCAGUGAUCUUGUUGAAGACGAGAGCCAGAGCGAUAAGUUCGACGCCGGUUUGGAGGCUGGUGAUGCCGAAUAGGCUCUGCAAACACUUCAAUUAGCUUUUGUUGACCUCAUCGCCGUCCUCGUGAGACGAUAUCAGGAUCGAGUCGCGUGCUCCUCCUUACCUUAGGCCGGGGUACCCGGAGGGAUCGAGUAAACCGAGACAUGGCGGCGCGUUCUCUUGAAAAUAUGAUGUUUCCUUCCGGGACCUUCGAACUCAAUGAACUAUUCUUCGUCGUUUGUUGAUAUCGAGAUUGAAUAAGGAACGCGCAGGAGAAAAACGAAAUUACAGGGACAAAUGAAUGAUGCAACCAGGGUCUGCCUCAAGAACCUACGCCCGAGACUGCCGGUGUAAUCUUAAAUCACGUGGUAACUUACAAAAAGCUGGGCUGAGUUAGAAACCUGUCAGCCAAUCAUAAUGCUGACUCAUCGUCUUUAUUCUUUUGAGUUUUAGGUGGUGACAGCCAGCCAUCACGUCACUUGCUGCAACCCCAAAUCCCAAACCCGCCUCAAACCCGCGCAAGCUGUAGGUUAAGAAAUCUUUCUGUGCUUGUGCUUGCCUCUUCUGGGUGAAGUGCGGUAGGUUUAGAAAAACCCAAUUGGAUCUCUUGAUCCCCCCCUCAGAUAUUCGUUUCGCUGGCCCGCUAAAUCGCAGCGCUUGAUUCGCAAGACGCGACAGAACAUCUUCCUGAUCUGACUCCCAUCGAGUUGGGGUGAUUGAAGGAAGUUAAAUCACAUGUGAUCCUUUCCCACAGCCCAUUCGUACCCUGGCUUUCUGUUUUGCCGUAUUUUUCCAAGCUUGCUUAUUGACUACCCUUGGCAAAAAGGGUCCAGUUGUCUUCCUACAUGAAGUGGCUUUCGCAUCUCUCCACUAACGUUAGAAAGUCGCCGGCUUUGGUCGGAACUGCGUCUUUUCUUCCUACAAACUCUCUCAUGAAACACUACAUUAUCCCUAAACCAUCCAUACUGUUACCGGCUUCCACACAUCAUACUUUCCACUCAACUACAUUGUUGGCUCCAGGUGUUAGGUUCUUCGCAACUCAACUACCCUACACUUCUCCACGAUAUCUCCCCACCACCCCUCGUCAUCCGUACCGCGGGGUCCUGCACAUCCCACCAACCCACAUACGUAUCUAUAAACAGACUCAAGGUCUCAGUCUCACUUACAGGUUCAAUCCGAGAGCCAUGUCUUCAGCAGCGAACCUAGUCGAGUCGGCCAAGAAAUUGGCCGCCUACCAGGCAGUCAAUGACCACCUCGAUGCUUCUUACAAGUUCGUCGGCAUUGGUUCUGGCAGUACUGUUGUCUACGUUGUCGACGCCAUUGUCAGCAAGGGUCCUGAGUUUCACAAGGGAAUGACCUUUAUUCCUACUGGAAGCCAGUCAAAGGGUCUCAUUCGCGCUGCUGGUCUCAACCUUGUCAAUCUUGAUGAGAGACCAGUCGUGGAUGGGCUUCCUGUUCCUCUUGAUGUUGCCUUCGAUGGUGCUGACGAAGUUGACGAGGAUCUCAACCUUAUCAAGGGUGGUGGUGCUUGUCUGUUCCAGGAGAAACUGGUAGCAAUUGCUGCUAAGAAGUUCAUUGCCGUCGCUGAUUACCGAAAGCAAUCUCCUAGAUUAUGUACCACCUGGAAGACCAUUCCCAUUGAAGUCCUUCCCCUAUCUGCUCCUGAUGUUUUAACUCGUCUUCGAGCAAUGGGCUCAGCCAACCCUGUUGUCCGUUCAGGCCUCCCUAGCAAAGCUGGAGAAUGUGUGACAGACAACGGCAUGUGGCUUAUCGACGCCCCAUUUUCUCCCUUGCUUCUCCCCAAGGACAUCAAGUCGGAAGGGGAUGGUCGUGGAAAGGACGGUGCCUGGGAAGUUAAUGCGCUCGCCGAGGAAUUGGUCCGAACGCCUGGCAUCGUUGAAAUUGGACUAUUCCACGGCUUCAACGGCAGUGAAGCCGUGAAGUUGGGCAAGCAACUUCAAGCACAGAAGCCAAUUGCUGCUUAUUUCGGCCUCGCCAAUGGUGAAGUGCAAGUCCAAAAUGCAGCUUGAAUGGCUCAUAGUAUAAACCGAGAACGGAGCAUGGAAGAUGCAACAGUUCUUGAUGCAUAAUUGCCAAGCCCGAGAAACAAAAUGUGGAGAAUACUUACGUGAAGUGAAGGAACGGAUCGUUUACCAUAUUAAUAUGUUCCGAAGCGGCAUCUUUGAUAAAAGUGUAACGAGAUAGAAGCGAAAUGAUUGACCAGCACAAGCCAGUCGAAUCAACAUUAAAGUUUCUUAUAUAACGAUCGUAGGCUCGUAGUCCUGGUUGUAUUAUACAAGCUCCUGCACUCAGAUCCACACGCUAUGCUUAAUAUCCUAUUUUGUGGUGUGAGGUAGCCAGGCUUCUUUCGCAUCUUGAGUACG